AAAACAUUUCGCAUCUCUUCUUCACUUUCUGCAUGGGACCAUGAUAUCCCCUUCGGUUCAGCCUUCCCAUGGCUCCGAUACCAACAUGUCGCAAUCAACAAUAUCAACAAAUAACAAUAUGUCAUCCUCUAGCGAAGAAAAUCAAAUACAAAACUGUACAAGCGAAGCUGGUUCCUUCCCAGAGCUAUAUCGAAAGACAUUGUCAUCGGUACCGCCCCAUAAUUAUGGAAAAUCAGAUGCAUUGAACUCUAAUUUUGUGGAGCGCUGGGCAUCGACGUCCCAGCCUGAAGAUGACGAUACCGAUGUCGAUGGUAAUAUCCCAAUGCGGGAAAGGCACAUUACUGACACCGAUACGUCGUCAUCAAGUGGACCGGGUAGCGGAGACAUUCUGAGUGAUGAAGACCGAGAACGGCUUGGUAGCAUACAACGUGGUGAGAAUACUGCCAUUGUUGGAUGGCUAAAAGAUAUUGGAAAUCACAAAAAGCGACAACACCAGCAUAAUCAUGGAGGUCAUGACAAAAAUAAGCAGCAAUAUGUAUGCCCUCAUCACAAACAAGUUCAAAUCAACGGCUACCAAAAACGCAACGGUGUUUCUAAUGUUCCCGCUCAGACAAAAAAUAGAGCCGACGACGAGGUUGAUCUUUCGGGGUUCGAAGACAGUAACAACAGUCAAUACGAUGGCAUGGACAGUGCAACCGGUCCAUGUAUCGACAGUAGUGAGACUUCAGAGAGUACAUCCUCUAAAAGUUUUGAAAGCGACCAGCUUAAGAAGAAUACACCUCAUCGUAAUUUACGAAAGCGGCCGCGCGAAGAAGACUCCCCUGCAUGCACUGAUAUAAUCGAGGAUCUUACUAUAAGAAACAAGAAACUGAAGAAGCGGUUGAAACGCCUAGAGGAUCUGUAUCUCGGUCAUAGACCCCCAGCUACAAGCGAAUUGUUUGAAGUCCGCUAUAUCUCAAUGCCACAGCACAAAAAGCGUGAAUUGGAAUCAUAUUUAAGGGAAUUUGCCACGCAUAUUCGUCUAGACAAUAGGUCUCCUCAAUCCAAAAGCGGCACUAGCGGAUCGUCGUCAGAAGGCUUAAACGAGCAACCUUCCCAAACAUCGUUCAACUCAAUGUUAAAAUAUAACAACGAUUUGGCAUCGCAAGGGCUUGCUCUAGAAAUCAGUGAUUCCCAAAUACAACCGACACCAUGGACACCUUCGCAGGCACUAAUUUGCGAAGUCGCCAACGUAAUAGAAGCUACCCUGACCAAGCCCAAUUUGCAACAGCGUGAUGUCAUACGGAGUAACUCAAUAGAUGGCUGGUUACCACUACAGAGCCUCUACAAAGCCUCCAACGAUUUGAACGAAAUGAACAUCCCACUAAGCUACCUCCGACAUUGCUUACGAAGGGGUAGUCGUCAUUUAGAAUUAAGCAAAGAUCAAACCAGAGUGCGUCUGAAACAUGUCGUUAUGACUGGAGAUAGCAGUAACAAAGAUACUGGAUCUGACUCAACUGGCUCCUCCUUUUCUGGAAACAAUGUUUAUGGGUCGACAUUUUGGUCCCUACGGACCGAUGUUCAACCUACUCAUAAUAUAAACCAUGACGCAUCCUCGAAGACAGCUGGACAAAUGCUGUCUGUCAAUCAUGACGACAGUAGCUAUUUCCGACCUUACACACCAUGCUUUUCAAAUCGAAAUGUUGUUUCUUCUGUCUCCUCAAAAGAAGAGUCUGACCCAUCACGAAGAAGAACGGACUCGUCAAAUUGGUCGUCAGACGAUCAAUUGAUCGCCAAUAUGACGGUCUCAGAUGAUUUAACUGAUGAAAGCAUGGACAAAGAAUUAUCACGCACACAGCCGUCGCAGAAUUCCUACAGUCCCAACAACGAUAGAUUAUCAACUCCGCAGUUUUCUGCUGAUGUGACCAAAGUAGCUCCCAUCAUCUAUGUUGAAGGGGGAACAUUUUGUCUUGAUUUAAGUCGGUUUCAAAAACCGCAUGAUAAGGGCCCAGAAGAAGAUGAUAUCCCAGAAUACGUCCGCAACAGCGACGCUGUUUUAGGAAUGAGCUGGGACGAAAAUUCAAAAUGGCAGGAUCUAUUUUGCUGGAACUGCGAAAGUAAACGCCACACCCUUCGAGACUGCAUUCAAAAAUUCGACGAUACUGUAUUGUGCAGAAAUGCAUUAGAAUUCGCUCGUAGAUACCCUGAUCAUCAAUGCAAUUUUCGACGUUACUUCGACGAAACUCGAUUGAGACAACAAGUCGAAGAUAUGAUUGUUGGCAAGCCAUCGGAUGCACUGAAGGAAGCACUGGGUGUUUCCAAAGACGAUCUCAUAAUGCCUUACUACGAUAACAUGAUAAAACAUGGCUAUCCGCCAGGAUGGAAAGGCGUUAUUCGUAAAGACGUUCAUAAAGAAGGCCACAGUAUACACAAAGAACCUUCUAACGCCCAAGGAAAACUUAAAGUGUGGGAUAACGGGCGACUCGUUCAAAUCAGCGCCUAUGAUAAUAACAGUUUACAAAGUGUACCUAACUCUGACAUUGCCAAAGCUGGUGGAGACGAUGGACCAGUCCAAUUUAGGGACGGUACUAGCAAGCCUGUCGUGGAUGGCAAAAUAGGUUCGCAUUACCAUGCAGCUGUUGGCGCAGAACAACGCGCAAAACAUAGCAACGAACCAAGGAUCAAAUUGGUCGAUUACCCCGGACUUCGCUGGCGCGAUGAAGAGUUUAAACCCACUAAUGAAUCGCAGACGAGUCAGACAGACAGUGGUAUUGGCUCUUCUCAUGGUGGAUCUGAGGUAUCCUUCAAAGUUUCUAAGGAUCAUCCGAAUUUGCCAAAAGCAACCAAAAUAGUUAACGAUAAACGUGAGGAUCAAUCUCAACCUAUCGAUACAAACUGAACCUGAAAAACCAUAUAUUAGUUACCAGUGCAAUCUUAUAUUGCCAUUGGUAACGCUGUAAAUAGCAUGUACAAAAAUUCCUACAUAGACCUUAUUUUUCACAAAAAAUAAAAAAGAAAAUAAUGAGAACACAA